AUGAAUGUUGAAAAAGCUCAUGAAGUAAGAGAAGUAGAUACAGCAGCUGCUGGUCGUGGUGUCUGGCUUGUCAAGGUACCAAAAUACUUAUCAGAAAUCUGGAAAGAAUCUCCACCUAAUUCUGAUGUUGGAAAACUCAAAAUAACAAAAUCAAAAUUGCCUGGUCAGAAGCCUGAAGUUGUCUUUACAGCCAAAGAAACCUCAGCAGAUAUACCUAAAGAUCAUAAGUUUGUGUUAACUGGUGUUGGUACACAGAAUUUAGUGGUCUUUUCACAGACUCCUAUAUAUGCUGAUAAUACCUCAGUUUCCCCCCCUGUCAAAAAAAUAGCAGUAGAUGGAAAAGUAAUACAGAGAGCUGAAUGUCGUCCUAUAGCAGAUGAAACAUAUAAAAAAUUAAAAAGGUUUAAUUUUGAACAAGGUAAUAAACCUAAACGUGAAAUAAAACAGUUAGAUAGAAUAGUACAGGUUUAUAAACCAAAAGAUUAUGUUUCUGCUUUUGAAGAAAAUCGUAAAAAGAAAUCAGAAAAUAAAAGAUCACGAGCUGAUAAAGAUAAGGUUAUGGACAUGUUGUUUUCAGCAUUUGAAAAACAUCAAUAUUAUAAUGUACAAGAUUUAGUUCGAAUUACCAACCAACCCAUUCCCUAUGUGAAAGAAAUUUUAAAAGAGAUUUGCACUUACAACAUGAGAGCCCCUCAUAAGAAUAUGUGGGAACUGAAACCUGAAUUCCGACAUUAUAAAGAACAGUCUUGA